AUGUCAUCGAAAUCGAAUAAAAAAGAAGAAUUACCUCAAGCAAACUCAGUUUCACAACAACUUGCUCGGCAAUUAGAAGCAACUGCUGAAUCUGAAGAAGAAGAAAUUACAGUCAAUGCUUCAGCUUUAAGUCUUGGCAUACGUGCUCAAAAAAAACUACUAAGCAAAUUAUCUUCAAAAUCUGUAGCUAAAAUCUUUAUCGAUGAGACCAGUGGCCGUAUACUAGACAAUAUACAUCGAUUAGCACGAAACUAUUCCGGAAAGAAAGAUGCUGACAAAUUGCUUAAAUCAAUAAUAAAAACAAUUGUUAAAAUGGGAAUUUUAUAUAAAAAUGAUUUAUUUACUGAACAUGAAAUAAAAUUAAUCGAUGAAUUUCGCAAUCGUUUUCAUUCAUUAGCAAAAUCUAUUGUAACAUUAUAUGAAGUAGAUUUUAAAUUCGAUCGAUCUAUUUUAACACGUAUGUGUCAAGAAUGUCAAGAGUUAACUCAUAAAAUCGUCUCAACACAUUUAACACCAAAGUCUCAUGCUCGAAUCGAUUAUGUCUUUAAUUAUGCGUCAAAUAUACAAUUUCUUGAAUAUUCAUUUAAUCCAAAUUCAACAACAAAUCGUGCAAUUAUUAAAGAAAUCAUUGAAGAUAUGCAUACUCUUAUGGAUGCUGGCUUUCUUUAA